UUUCGUUCGCGACAACUCCCGCCCCAUGGUCGGUUCUGCUCCUGCUACACCGUCUGACCGACUGACUGACCGACCGACCUUGAGAGCGUGGACUCUUCCGAUCUGUCAGACCAUUCAUUCCAUUCCAUGAGUCGACUGUCCUGAUCCGCCGUGUUCCAUACCGCCUGCACCCGCGCGCUCCUGUCUUCAAUUCAUCAUCAAUCACACACUAAUCACACCCACCCACCCCCCUCCCCUCGUCAGCCCAGCCCGACACUACAGAACACUACGACCUGCGUACCUACCCAUCUCACACGACCAACACCAACACCAAAAUGUCCAACCCGUCCACCACCACCAGUAGUACCCUCGACUACUCCUCCGACACCUCCGACCCCCCUCUCUUUCCUCCAUCCCACCACCACAACCCGCGUCUCAACCGCUACACCCGCCCCCUCAUAUCCUACGUCCGGAACGAAUGGCAACUUUCCAACUCCAAAUACUCCCAACUCCCCACGACCACCGGCAAUAACACCAAUACCGCAGACUCCUCCCUGAACUACUACCUCCAGAUGAUCCUGUCCAUCAUCACGGCGCCGCGCUUCCGGCGGUACGCCAUCGUCUACCUCUCCCUGGUGCUGGGGUGUCUGGUCGGGUGGGAGUACUUCCUGGCGCCGCGGAUGGAGGAGCAUGCGGAGUUGGUGAAGGCAUUGGAUCCGGAUGUCGGGGAGAGCGUGGGCGGGUGGUUUGGCGUCAAUGCGUUGCCGAGGUUGGAGGGCGUGGUGCUGCUGGGCGAGUUGGCGGGGGAAUUGGUUCCGGGGGCGAGUGGGAGUGGGACUGGGAGUGGAAGCGGGAAGAAUGAUGGGAAGGAGAAGACGGGGACGGGGAGGAGGUUGGUGGUUGUGGGGGAUGUUCAUGGGUGUAGUUCGGAAUUGGAACACCUCCUAACAGAAGUGACCUUCACCCCCUCAACGGACCAUCUCAUCCUCGCCGGCGACCUGAUCAACAAAGGCCCCGACAGCACAGGCGUGGUCGAUCUCGCCCGGAAGUACUCUGCGUCGUGCGUGCGCGGCAACCACGAAGACCGGGUGCUGGUGCUGCGCCGGGACAUGAUCGACGCGGAUACGCUGACGGAUACAUCCGCAGACGCGUUCCUGGAUGGGCAGUCGACGGAGCAGGCGAAGCGGGACCGCACUCUGGCGCGGAAGCUGAGCGACGAGCAGGCGGAGUGGCUGGACGCGUGCCCUGUGAUUCUGGAUGUCGGGCAGGUACCGAACAUGGGCCGCGUGGCGGUCGUGCAUGGCGGGCUGGUGCCCGGGGUGGAGCUGGAGAAGCAGGAUCCGUUCAGUGUGAUGAAUAUGUUGAGUAUUGAUUUGGAGACGCAUCUGCCUAGUUCGGAGCGGGGGGAGGGGAUUAAGUGGACGAAGCUUUUCAACAAACACCAAUCCGUCACGUACUCCAACCUCAAAAGUACCAGUACGGAGGUGGCCCGCGCGCAGACAACCACGGUCAUCUACGGCCACGACUCCAAAACCGGACUCAACAUCAAGACGUACACCAAGGGUCUCGAUUCCGGGUGCGUCAAGGGCGGGAAGCUCACCGCGUUGGUCAUCAGUGACGACGGCGAGCAAGAACUCGUCCAGGUCCGCUGCAAUAACUACCUCGACAGCUAAGCGGAGGUAUCACUGUAGCAUUAUCUGAUAUACUAUCGAUCAUCGACCCUCGUCAUCUGUUCUCUUCGGGUAUCUAUCUAUCUGUCUUUCUUUUUUGCAUGGGCACAGGCACAUUGCCAUCUAUCUCUCUGCUGGUUCGAGAGUCGCUGUAUAAUUGCUUUCGCAUCUGGGUCUCCUUUUUUUUUUUUUUUUUUUUUUUUUUU